AGACCUCUCUGCAAUUAUCUAACCCAAACUCGUACUAUAUAAAAAUAUAGAUACACACAUAUCACUAAACCCUAGCCGCGACGCCUCCGAGAUCUCCAAUUCACUGCAUCGGUGCCUCAAAUCUCAUAAAUCUCCGUCAAAAUGUCGCUGGUAGCAAAUGAAGAUUUUCAGCACAUUCUGCGUAUUCAGAACACUAAUGUUGACGGCAAACAGAAGAUUAUGUUCGCGUUGACCUCGAUUAAAGGUAUUGGAAGGCGUUUCGCUAAUAUCGUUUGCAAGAAAGCUGAUGUUGAUAUGAACAAGAGGGCUGGUGAACUUUCAUCUGCUGAGAUUGACAGUUUGAUGACUAUUGUUGCGAACCCACGACAGUUUAAGAUCCCAGACUGGUUCCUGAACAGGAAGAAGGAUUAUAAGGAUGGAAAGUUCUCUCAGGUGACAUCUAAUGCACUGGACAUGAAACUAAGAGAUGAUCUUGAGCGCUUGAAGAAAAUCAGGAACCAUCGUGGUCUCCGUCACUACUGGGGUCUUCGAGUACGUGGACAACACACCAAGACUACUGGUCGCAGGGGAAAGACUGUUGGAGUCUCCAAGAAGAGAUAGAUUUGCUUAUUGUUGCUCCGUUUUAAACCAGUUUUGUUGGAUUGAUCUGCUUCGAAACAAAUCUUAGACUAAUGGGGCUUUCUUUAUUUUGUAGCUGUACUUGCUUUCUCGUCUCAGUAAGAAUUCAAUAUAUAUGAGUUUAGACCUUUCUAUUUAA